UAUCGCAUCUCGCUACGUGCACGCUUUUCGCAUGCGCGAGAAACAGAACAUUUGUCGCGUGUGUCUAGACACUGUCUAGUCUAAUGGCAUUUUUGGGGCAGCCAGAAGAAGGAAUGCGUGCGAUUUCGACAAGAUCAAGCUGACCGAAAAAUCGUGACGAUUGCUUUUGCGCGUGAAUCGCGCGAAUAUAAUGGCGACGCCGACCAACAGCAGCGGUAAUCUCGUCGAUGAGUUCGAAGAAGCGUUUCAGCAAUGUUUGAGCAUGUUAAUAAAGGACGAAGGAUUAGUCAGCAAUGGGACUGGUGCUUCUGGUGGCUUGACUGUGGAUAAAGAUGAAGGUCGUGCAGAAAUGGAACAAGCUACAAUGAGGUUUAUAGAUCUGGCUAGACAAAUGGAAGCUUUCUUUCUACAAAAGAGAUUUCUACUGUCUGCACUGAAGCCUGAGAUGGUAGUGAAGGAAGAUAUUCAAGAACUGAGAAUGGAAUUAGCCCGCAAAGAAGAGCUCAUAAAGAGACAUAAUGAGAAAAUUGUCGUCUGGCAGAAUAUGUUGUCAGAUUUACAGGGAUGGGCGCAAUCACCUGCUCAAGGACCAGCUCCCAAUGGAUUACCCAGUGGAAAUCAAAGCGGACAAAACCAACAGGCUGGAAGUGGCGGUGGCAAUGCUUCGAUGCAGCAGCAACAACAAAUGUUGCAGCAUCAGCAGCAAUUGCAGCAGCAAUUACAGCAGCAGCAGCAUCCACAAUUGCAACAACAAUUGCAACAUCCAUUGCAGCAACAGGUGCAGCAGGGUUCCGGUGGUCCUCCGACGUCCGGUCUUCAAGGAGUCGGUGUACCAGUCAGUCAACAGGGCAUGUUCAUGGCGCAGGGUGUAGCUGGUGGCAGAGCCGCUGGGUUCCCGGUUGGCGGUAUGGGCAAUAGCGCUCUGCAAGGGCCUCUGGCCUUCCUGGAAAAGACAACGAGCAACAUAGGGAUGCCGGAGAGGCGGAGUUGACGCGGAAGGGGGAGGGGCCGGG